GAAUCUCAUAAAAUUUCGUUUAAUCUUUGCCUAUUUUUGUAUAUUAAAAAAUGGAUAAAAAUGAAAUCGCCCGUUAGACAUUUACGACGCAGAUCAUGUAUCACUACUUUGCACCUAUAAACAGACAUUCGAUUGAAAAAUCACCCAGAAUUAAUGCUCAGCUCGGUGCAACAUUAUAUGCAUUACAGGUCACGAAAUCGUGUAUAGCAUCGUAAUUAUUGCAACAUUUUAAUUCCAAAAUAUUGACACACAUAUUUUUCUCUUAGUAUGUACGUUAAAGUAACACCUUUAUUUUUAGAAUAAAUAAAUGAUAAAAAUGGUACUUCUUGAGAAAUAAAUUGCUAUUAAAGUGCAACGAGUGAUGCGUGCAUAAGAAGCAAUAAAUCAGUAAGGGAUUCAAUCUCUCAUCAUACCAACGCGUUAGUCUGUGGUUUGAAACAAGCGAGUCUCGUUAUUUUUACAUCCUAGUAUACGCACAUCAUUAUUUUUAAAAUAUAAGGACUUUAUACACACUUCACCUCUAGAAAUGGUAUUCUUAAAAUUAUUUUCAUCCGCACCAAAGAACAAAAAGAUAAAAAACUCUAUGAUAACGUUUUAAGAAUACUAACAGAUUCCCCGAACCGCAUAUCCGACUCGGCCCACUUGUAUACGAAAUUUCGCGGUUUCACGCUCCGCAGCUCGAUAGCAGCACUCGAUCUGCGCUUCGACGCUUUGAUGCUCGCCCGCGCGCGGACCAACGCAUGAAUUCAUGCAGCGAUACCUCAAUUCAAUCGGACGAUACACUCCAUCGGCCGCCAGCCCUUCAAAGCGCUCGCAGGCUUUUUCCGACGUUCGAAAUCCAGAGAGCUUGCGACUUUGAAUUUCACGUGCCCGCGCGCGGUUAUACGCUUCAAAGUUCGAAAAAGCGAUUACGAUCCGAGGCCGCGAGUUGCGCGCUUAUUAUUAAAAGAAAAUUUAGAACAUAUACCCUCCGCGCAAUUUGCGAGGCCGAUUACGCGAUAAGCAUCGCUGGCGAAAAACUGCCGGAGCCAAUAAGACCGCGCGCGCGCGCGCGCAGUUAUUAAACUCGACUCGCGAAAAAUUGUAGUAACGAGAAGCGGGUACCGUUAGAAGGGCAGCGAUAAAUUUCACGGGCUGGCUCCGCGAAUACAUAUGAAAGAAAAUCGCCGACGCGCUCUCCGGACCGGAUCGAAGCCGUUUUUUACGUCCUAUGUGUUUGUGCAGUGUGCGCGAGCUCGAAACCAGUUUUAAGAGCGCGCGUGUGCAUCGCAAUUAUCGCGGUAGGUAUAUACCGCUCGUUUUGAAGCUGUUUUAAAAAACGAAUUCGACGCGGCCAGUGCCACGGGUGCAAGGGCAAUUGCUUUUUUAGUUAGCGGUGCGUGCCAGAGGAUACAGAGUUUGCGCUUUGUUGCGUUUAACUACUCGACGCGAUUGGAUCGUCGUAUACUAUAUUUGACGUAAACGGUGCGCACCGAAUAAUAUACGACUGAUGACUGCUAACUUUUCGCCAGCGGGGAAGGCACGAUUAUUGCAUUAUGCAACGUGAGUUUUUUAACUGAAAUACUGGCAAAAAAAUAAACUCGUCGAUAAGAGCCACGCUUGCGUGUCUUUCUUAUCUCUCUUUCUCUCUCUAUUCACCAAACGGCAUGAAUUUGAACUUUCCUCAAAAUCCUGCAGUCUCGAGAAGCGCUUAUAACACCAGCGUGUGCCUCUCCCGCGCGCGUAUACAAUAAUAACGGUUCAGCCGCACCUCUCUCUCUCUCUCUCUGCGGAGGGCAGAUCGAGUCGUUGCACUCGGCGCCGCCGAAUCUGGAAUUUAUACCGGCGCGAGUUUCCGAAGGUGUGCAGCGAGUGUGCGAUCGCGAGUUAAAAUGCUUCGCAAGAGGUAAGCGCGCGCGAGCGAGUGAGUAUUUGAGGAGGAAGAGCCGCGCGCUGGCUGCCAUACGGACGUGUUUAGUUAGAUAAUGGCUUGUAAGAGAGGUGAAUGUGCGCUAGAGAGAGAGAGAGAGAGAGAGAGAGAGAGAGAGAGAGAGAGAGAGAGAGAGAGAGAGAGAGAUGAUGGUUUAGCUGAGUGGAAACGAGGAAAUCGUUUGGUUUUGAUUAUUUGUGAAUUAACGCUGGAGAUAGGCUUGUUUGUGGGAAUGGGCCGUGUGAUGUUUGCUGAUGUAGGAUAAGAGAAGAGAGUUUUUGGAAAAUUGUUUGUUUGCGCAGGCGUGCUUUAUCGGUUGUAUGCAGAACUUGAUAGCAAAUGAAGGAGAUAGCUGAUUUUUCGGUUGCGGUGUACUCGUUAAGAAUUACUGCUUACAAUUAAUUGCGUAGUUAUGAGUAUUUAUGGCAAAAUACCUGUUACAACUAUGUUCAGAAAAAAAAGUAGUGCGGCUGCGUUGUUCUCUAGUUUUACAACUUUUUGUAAAAGCUUGUUAUAUUAUCAUUAAUUCUACGGUAUAAAAUAAAAUAUGAACUUGCAAACACCGCGUUUGCUUCACCUAUAAAGACCUACAAAACGAAAAUAGGGCGCCGAGCAAAAGUGUCGUUGUUUCGCCCUCAGUGUACACGCGGAUCAGCAGAAACAUCGAUUCGCUAACCCCGUCAAAAAUAGCCAGGCGUUUCCUCCUCCGUCCCGAUAUAACAAACGUUCGCUCGGCGUAUAAAUUCGCUCGCAAAAUCCACAAUCAGCCUGAUCCGCACGAUCGAGUAUUAGCGAUCCAUGGACGAGAAAAUAAAAGAGCUCAUUGCGUGACAUAUAUAUAUAUAUAUAUAUAUAUAUACGUGUAUAUAACGCGGCGCGCCAGAGAGCGAAUGAGAGAGAUAGAGAGAAAGGGGAGAGAAGGCUCCGGAGAGGGAGUCUGCGAGAGAGGGAUGAAGCGCUAGUUCUAUAUACAGCGUUUUCAAGAGACACACACACACACCCGCACACGCACUUACUUACACACUUACACAGCGAGUUUGCGCGCGCGCGCGGCAUUUUCAAGCGGCGCGCGCCGCCGGCACACACACCUCACAUACCGCCCCGCGCACUAGUAGUCGGCGAGGCGCGAUCGUCGCAGCUGGUCCUCUCUCUAUCUCUCUCUCUCUCUCUCUUCAUUCUACCUACUCUCUCUAUCCGCGUGUGUAUACACAGACUCGUUGGCGGCGACGAGAAGGCCAGUGAAUUUUCAGCAUCGCAUGGCCGGCGAAGACGGAUCUCCAGCAGCAGCAGCAGCAGUUGUAGCAGUAGAAGUAGCAGAUUCGGCGAGGAGAGCAUGACGAAAUCGCUGGGUGCGAUGGGCAUGGACGAUCGCACGACGACCUUCGGUAGAAAGCGCGGCUGCACGGUGACGCGCUGCGGAGCUUUCGCUCUGGCGAUGAGCUUCUUCGUGAGCGUCGUCGUCACGGGACUGCUGGUCUACCACUUCGCGCCCUGCAUCGACACCUCCUCGGAGCGUCGCUACAACCGUGGCGCAGGAGAUGACGAAUCCGCGAUGUUCAGGUCCGGCAGGAGCUUCGCCGGCUCGACCUCCAAGAAGAAGCUCGACGUCAGGCUGCCCACGAACGUGAGACCCGACAGCUACGAGCUCCAGCUAGUGCCGUUCAUCUGGGAGGGCAACUUUACGUUCAACGGAGAGGUGAAAAUCGUGCUGAACGUGACGGAGGACACGCGCAAGAUAACGCUGCACGCGGUCGACAUGGACAUCGACGAGGAGGCGACGAGCCUCAAGGACUACCCUUGGAUCGAGGGCAGAAGCAAGAAUCUGAGGGUGAGUCGUCAGUACAACGACACCGCCAGGCAGUUCCACGUCAUCCAGACGGUGGAGACGCUCAAGGCCGGCAAGCAGUACCUGCUGCAGCUCAAGUACGUCGGUCGGCUCAACGACUACCUCCAGGGGUUCUACAGGAGCUCCUACACCGUCGACAAUCAGACGAGGUGGAUCGCGACGACGCAGUUCCAGCCGACGGACGCCCGGCGAGCUUUCCCCUGCUUCGACGAGCCGGCGCUCAAGGCCCGCUUCCAGAUCAGCAUAGCCCGGCCCAGCAACAUGACCGCCAUCUCGAACAUGCCGAAGGAGCGAGAGUCCAAGCCAGUGGCCGGUCUGCCCACGUACGUCUGGGACCACUUCGAGCGGUCGGUGCCGAUGUCGACCUACCUCGUCGCCUUCAUCGUCUCGGACUUUGAGUCGCUGCACUCGAGCCAGGGCAACGUCAGCGUCUGGGCGCGCAAGGAAGCCGUCCAGCAGUCCGACUACAGUCUCAAGAUCGGGCCCGAGAUCCUCAAGUACUUCGAGGACUACUUCCAGAUCAAGUUCCCCCUGCCCAAGAUCGACAUGGUCGCCCUGCCGGACUUCUCCGCCGGCGCCAUGGAGAACUGGGGACUCAUCACCUACAGGGAGACGGCCAUGCUGUACCAAGAGGGCGUCUCGACGAGCAACAACAAGCAGCGAGUCGCGACCGUGGUCUCGCACGAGCUGGCCCACCAGUGGUUCGGCAACCUGGUGACCCCGAGCUGGUGGACCGACCUCUGGCUGAACGAGGGCUUCGCCAGCUACGUGGAGAACAUCGGCAUCAACGCCGUGGAGCCGAGCUGGAAAGCCCUGGAGCAGUUCGUCGUGCACGAGCUGCAGAACGUCUUCGGUCUCGACGCUCUCGAGUCCUCCCAUCCCAUUUCCAUCGCGGUCGGACAUCCUGACGAGAUCAACGAAAUAUUCGACCGCAUAUCCUACGCCAAGGGCGCCUCGAUAAUUCGCAUGAUGGACCACUUCCUCAGCACCGCGGUCUUCAAGCGCGGACUCACCAACUACCUCAAGGGAAAAGCGUACCAGAGCGCCGAGCAAGACGACCUGUGGGACGCGCUGACCAAACAAGCUCACGAGGACAGGGCUCUCGGCCAGGACGUGACUAUCAAGCAGAUCAUGGACACGUGGACGCUGCAGACCGGAUUCCCCGUGGUCACGGUUAUCCGCGACUACGACAACGACGCGGCCGUCAUCACUCAGGAGCGCUUCAUGCUGAGGAAUCACACCAAGGCGGAAAGCCAACCGCUCUGGUGGAUCCCCCUGACCUACACGACAUCGCGCAAACUCGACUUCAACGACACCAAGCCGUCGAUCUGGAUGAAGGCCGAGAAGUCCGUUCUCCUGAAGAACAUCAGCGCCAGCUCGCAGGAGUGGCUGCUGUUCAACAUCCUCGAGACGGGCUACUACCGAGUCAACUACGACCGGGCCAACUGGCAACUGAUAAUCAAGCAGCUGAGUGGCGAGAACUACGACGCCAUAGCGACGAUAAACCGAGCUCAGCUGAUCGACGACGCGCUGAAUCUGGCCAGAGCCGGCCGACUGGAUUACUCGACGGCCCUGGACGUGACGUCUUACCUCGCGCACGAGACCGAGUACCUGCCGUGGAAGGCGGCCCUCACGGCCAUGAGCUUCCUCGACAAUAUGCUCGUCAAGUUCCAGGGCUACGACAAGUUCAGGGUGUACGCCCUGAAACUGCUGGACAACGUGUACCGCAAGGUCGGCUUCAAGGACAGCCUGGAGGACCCCCAGCUGACGGUCUUCACGCGCAUCGACGUCCUCAGCUGGGCCUGCAACUUCGGCCACGAGGACUGCGUGCGCAACGCCGUGAGCCAGUUCGCCGCCUGGCGACAGAGCCCCGAGCCCAGCAGGAACAACCCGAUCUCGCCGAACCUCAAGAGCGUCGUCUACUGCACGGCCAUCCGCGUGGGCGGACAGCCCGAGUGGGACUUCAUGUGGCAGCGCUACCUCGAGACCAACGUCGGCUCCGAGAAGGACCUGCUGCUCCACGCGCUCGGCUGCACCAGGGAGACUUGGCUGCUCAGCAGGUACCUCGACUGGGCGCUCACCGAUAACGCCGGCAUCAGGAAGCAGGACGUCACCAGGGUCUUCGGCUCCGUCUCCAGCAACAUCAUCGGCCAGCCGCUGGCCUUCAACUACUUCAGGAACAAGUGGGACCGCCUGAAGGAGUACUUCGGCACCUCGCUCAUGACCAUCAACAACAUCGUCAAGUCCUCGACGAAGCGCAUCAACACCAAGUACGAGCUGAAAGACCUGCUCGAGUUCGCGAACGAGCACAAGGAGGAGCUGGGCAGCGCGACGCGCGCAGUCGAACAGGCGGUGGAGCAAGCCGAGGCGAACAUCCGCUGGCUCGAGCGCAAUCACGCGACCAUUCACGACUGGCUCAAGAGGAACACCUCGUAAAAUGUCUCGCACGACGACGCCCGACCCGAUUAUACAGGGACAUCAGGCGCUCGCUUCUCCUUUCCUCUUUUUUUAUUUCGUUUUUACAAUUAUUAUGUGGGUCCGACUAUUCCUCGCCGCGAGAGACGACAUUCCUUUUAUCCGCGUCUUUAACGACUCUUUUUAUUCCUUUUUAAGAUCAAUUUUUAUACACACCCACAUACGCGUCGACGCCGAGUAAAACGCAACAGGUUAUCCGUUUUUUACUCACUCUCAGUCUCGCGAGAACGUUUUUUUGUGAUACUUUUAUAUAUAUAUAUAUAUACACGUCUAUGGAGAGCCGAUCGGAAUACAAACAUAACAUCGUAUAUACCAGACGCUUACAUGUCCGCAGAAAAGCGCAAACUGCGGGCAUUCCAUGUAAAACGCGCAUCACACAUGCGCGCCGGACGAGAGCGGAAGAAUCCGAUAUUAACAAUGCGUCGGUAUUCCGGGGCCAUUUCGAGGCUCUAACUCUCGUUGAAUAAGCUUUUCCGGAGCUGGCGGACUCUCUGACUCUCUCUCGAGCGCGUUUCCGCGGCUGCGCGCACUGAAUGGAAAAUUUGAAAUUUAAUUUUUCGAACGAGCUCGCCGAAAUUUCACUGUUCGCGGCCCUAUUCAAUGGCUCAAUUUCAACGAUCUUUUUCGAUAGAGUAUUAUAUACACGCGGCGGUAUCGUGACCUACAUAAUAUAAUAUGCCCGUUAUUCGUCGCGCGGCUUUAUUUUCGCGUUUCAACGGGUCGCGAUUGACGAUGUAAAUACGGGGGAAAAUUUUAUUGUAAAUAUUGGUUCAGCGCUUAAAAUUGAGAGAGAAAAAUAAUUGUAUAUAUACAAAAGGAACAAGCGCGCCACACGCGGCUUCACGGCAAGUACAAGGCACGUGUGAGGCACGACCGCUGACGCUCGCGCUGCGCGCUAACGUCAGGCGAUCAAUUAAAGUAUUUGGGCCAGUUAGGGCGUGUCACACUAAAAUUGUUAUUCAAUUAUAUGUACCAAAAAUCGUUUGUAGACUUGUUGUUUAUGUAUAAGCGUUUUGAAAAAAUGUUUGUCACGGUAAAAAGUUGUGUUUUUAAAAUAUCUACAACAUUUACAUUUAAGGUUUUUAUGUAUAGCCUCAAAGUUUUAUGAUAAAUACUGGUUUGUUGCUAUAAAAAAAUUGAUUUUGGCCUGUUAGCUCGAAUUAAAAGCAUUUUCACGCUUGAGUGUUAAUAGGAAAAAGUUGUAUUUCUUUGAGAUCUACAACUUUUCUCAUUAACUUUUUUUUUUGUGGAAUGCAUAGAAUACGAGUUAGAACCAAAAAACCGUUUUUAGCGAUUUUUGGAUGUGACCGCAUUCUGCGUAUACAUGCAGGAUCAAGCCCAAAAUAAAUUUGGUACCUUACUAUUACGAGGGAAGUUCGCACACAAAUUUUUAGCCCGAUUGAUAAAAGUCUCUGAGAGAUAACCGUGUAACACCAAAACAAAACACGCAAAAAUUGAACAAAUUGUGCCCGCAUUUAAAAAAAAAAAAAAAAGAGGAGGAUCGGGAUAAAAAAAUUAGUUUUUAGGUUUGUGCGAGAGGAGACUCCUCCCAAAAUUUCAACCCGAUCGGUCGAAAAUUGCGUGAGAUAUCGCAUCUCACACAUUUUUCGACGAUAAAACUAUAAGGCACUUCCGUGUCGCGGUCGUGCCUAAACAUGGCCAUUUAGUUCUGAAGCUGCGGAGUGUGACGAGUGCGCGUAGCCGCGCGAUAUUGUAAUUUCUCCAUAUAUACGAAUCCGCACAUAUACCAUAACAGUCCAUCAAUAUUGUUCGAGCGUUUUUUUUUUUAUUGUAUUUAAGUGUAAAUAAAGAUAUACUGUGCGUAUAUGUGUAACGUUUUAAAGAUUUUAAUAAUUUUACAGCAGUUUUUCGUACCCUUUCUCUUUUUUUUCAAUCACACCUUUAUAUACACAAAGAUACACGAAAGCGGCGGCCAACCGGUGUUUUUGCAAAAUUUCUUUCUAACCGUAUUCGUAUAUACGGCGCACAAAACACACGUGAAAACAUUGAAACAGUAUUAUAAUCUCGUGCUUGCGUGGCUUUUGCAUUCGUACACGUACUUAUGAAUGUCCGGCGAGGGGCUCAGGUUUUAGGGAUUAAGAAUCUGAAAUAAUAAUGCACGUGUAUGUGUAGGAUUGGAACAGGCAGUAACUACGCUGGGCUAUUCAUUUGGCUGAAACAGGCGCGCGCCCCUAGCUCUUACGCUGAUUGAUUUUCUGUUAAUUUGCGGCUCGUUGCGCAAAUGGAGCCGGGAGUUAAUGAGGAGUACAAAAGUCACACUGACGUAGUAGCUACCAAUCUAACCAGGAAUAAAACGUUUUCGUUAUAAUUUAUGCCAUAUCGGUGUGAUUGGCUGUUCGGGGAGGAUUAGUAGGUGAUUAUGUGUUGAGAUUUUAGUGCAUAUUAUACACAUACCUGUGCGUGUGUGUAAUUAACAAAUAACACAUAACAGACAAGACGUUGUUUAUUAUAAUUUCGAGAUAUAGAGAUCAGUUUUACAAAAAUUCACGUACAACUUUACCACGGUGUACAUCGUGGCGUAUAACACAGACACGCGAACGAGAAUUGUUAGAAAACAGACACAAACACGGUUCUACACAGUAAGCAGUGCGUGUAGUCGAUAUUAUAGUGCCCAGCGAAUUUUCUUGAUAUAGCAUGCGGAGGGCAGUGGGCCAAAAAAAGUUUCCUUUCGUGGGCAAAGACAAGCACACAAAACUGAUGAUAAACGUCCCGCUUUACGAAGAAUCUCGAGAAAGAGAGUUUAGGCAGUCCUAGCUGUAAUUUGUAAAUGAAUUUUAAUCGUAUAUAUUAAAUAAUGUUGGCUGCGAAGAAAAGAUACACGAUUAUAAUAAUAACAGUUAUAUAAUAAAGUUGUAUUCAUU